AAGUGUGUUAAUGUGAUUUUAAAUGAUUUUAUUUACAUACUGGGAUAAAUACUCAAACCAUUCAAACAUUUCUGCUUUUGAAAAUUUAUUUAUCGUGAUUUAUACAUGACUCAUUAUCCUAAGCUCUUAGCCUAGGCCCAGCCUAUGCCUGUCAGCCCUGUGUAUAUUGUUCAAGUGAAAUGGCGUCAUCUCUGCUUCUGGUGCUAUUUUUUCUCUGCUAUGCCGAUGCAGCUCAAAAUUUUCAGGAAGUAUCUGUUUGUCCACGGAAUGCAGACACAUGGAAAAUAGAAUCGGACAAGAAAAACUGUCAGGGAGACACGCCCGACUAUCUGUGUGCUGCGAUAGAAAACAAUGUUGGCAAAUUCGGGGAAAUAUGCACGAAAUAUGGGCUGUCCCCAGAAAGAAAGUGUGCUGUGUUGAACAACCAAACCCAUAAUCUGGACUCUGUAGACUGUAAAGCACCAACAGGAUGUCCACUAACCCCCUACAAUCCCUCAGAGUUGUGGAAGU